AUGCCUCAUUUCACAAGAAACCACUCUGACUCAUUGAAGGCCUUCUACAUAGAAAAUCAGAACGUUGGACAUAAGGACAGUACUGAAGAUUGGCGCAUUCGAGGAUACAACCCAUUGACGCCUCCCGAUUUGCUUCAACAUGAAAUUCCUCAAACCCCAGAAUCCAAAGCAACCGUCUUAAAGGGUCGCAAUGAGUCCGUCGAUGUUGUGACUGGUGCAGAUAAGAAUGGCAGAUUACUGGUAGUCAUUGGUCCAUGUUCAAUUCACGAUCCUGCGGCCGCGCUCGAAUACUGCGACAAGCUUGUAGCUCUCAAGAACAAAUACGAAGAUGAUCUUUUGAUUGUCAUGCGCUCUUACCUUGAGAAGCCAAGAACAACUGUUGGCUGGAAAGGACUCAUUAAUGAUCCUGAUAUCGAUAAUAGCUUCAAGAUCAAUAAGGGGUUGAGGAUCAGCAGACAAUUGUUCGUAGAUUUGACGGCGAAGGGAAUGCCAAUUGCUAGUGAAAUGUUGGAUACUAUUUCACCACAAUUCUUGGCAGAUUUAUUGAGCGUUGGAGCUGUUGGGGCUAGAACUACUGAGAGUCAAUUGCAUAGAGAAUUGGCCAGUGGUUUGAGUUUCCCAGUUGGAUUCAAGAAUGGUACCGAUGGUAGUCUUGGUGUAGCUAUCGAUGCAAUUGGUGCCGUGCGACAUCCUCAUCAUUUCCUGUCAGUUACCAAGCCUGGUGUCGCUGCCAUUGUUGGUACAGUUGGAAAUGAAGACUGUUUCGUCAUUCUCAGAGGUGGUACUAAGGGUACUAAUUAUGAUGCAAAGAGUAUUGGAGAGGCGAAAGCUGCGCUUGAGAAGAAUGGUGUCAGACAAAGAUUGAUGGUUGAUUGCAGUCAUGGAAACUCAUUGAAGAAUCACAAGAAUCAACCAAAGGUUGCAGCUGUUUUGGCUGAACAAAUUGCCGCAGGAGAGGAUGCCAUUAUGGGUGUCAUGAUUGAGAGCAACAUUAAUGAAGGCGCUCAAAAGGUUCCAAAAGAAGGAAAGUCCGGUCUCAAACAUGGCGUCAGUAUUACUGAUGCUUGUAUUGGAUGGGAUGACACCGAGUCGGUUCUUGAAGAACUAGCGAACGCUGUUAAGCAAAGAAGAGAGCUCAAGAAUGGUUCAAAUGGCAAUUGA